AUGACGGAAUCGCUGGACAGCGGCACUGCCAACGCCUUGUCUUCGCUGGACGAUAACGCGGCCAACUCGCUGUCCAUUAUGGAUACGGCCGUGUUUGUCGACUACUUAAAGAAGACGGUGUCAACCGUUCUGCACGGUGACAAGGCGGCCACCACAUCCAUGCUGGAUCUGGCGUUUGAUGAUCCUGUCAACCUCGAAUGCGUCAAAAAGUUUCUGUCCGACCCCAACACCUCGACGGUUUUUGUCCAGAAGAGCGUCAAUAAAGACGAAGAAACGGAAAAUGGCGCCGAUGGAGAAGAUGAUAAAGAUAUACCAAUAUUCUAUUUGUCAAACGAAGUUGUUUUCACCAAUCAAAAAAUGACAAGCUUGUCUUUUAUGAAAAGAGCUACAGUGAUAGAAGCUGAUAAACCAAUUCCAAGUCAAGUACGACUUGUACAGUUUAAUGAUGGUUCACCAUAUGAAACAUUGCACGCAUUAGUUAGUAAAGCUAUUACUCCAUACUUCAAGAGUUAUGUAAAAGAAUCUGGAAGAGCUGAUAGAGAUGGUGAUAAAAUGGCUCCAUCAGUAGAAAAGACUAUGGUUGAAUUAGAAAUGGGUCUACUUCAUUUACAACAAAAUAUUGAUAUUCCUGAAGUGACAUUAACAAUUAAUCCAACUGUAUUGUCUGUAAUAAGCAAAUUUGCUGAUGACCCAAAUCGUAAACCAAAAGUAUCUGAUUUUGGAGCUCUUGUUGAAGAUUCCAAGUUUCUUAAUCAGCUUCAAGCUGGUGUUAAUCGUUGGAUCAAAGAAAUACAAAAAGUGACCAAUUUAGAUAGAGAUCCAUUAAAUGGAACAGCUCUACAAGAAAUUAGUUUUUGGUUAAAUAAAGAAAGAGCUUUACAUCGUAUACAAGAUAAGCGUGAUAGUUUAGAAGUAGGCCUUACAUUAGAUAUUUUAAAACAUGGCAAACGUUUUCAUGCGACUGUCAGUUUUGAUAGUGAUACUGGUCUGAAGACUGCUUUAGCUACUGUCAAUGAUUAUAACACUUUAAUGAAAGAUUUCCCUAUCAAUGAUCUUCUAGCAGCAACAGAUUUAGAUCGUAUUCGUACUGCUAUAGAACAUAUUUUUAUUCAUUUACGUAAAAUACGGAGCACAAAGUAUCCUUUACCAAAAUUAUUAAAAUUAGUUGAAGCAAUUUCAAGAGAUUUAUUAUCAAAAUUAUUAAAAGUGUUAGGUACUAGGUUUUUAAUGCAUAUACCCUAUGAUGAAUUUGAAAAAGUCAUGGGACAGUGUUUUAAUGUUUUUACUGCGUAUGAUGAUGAAUUUGAUAAACUUCAAGUUAUUUUGAGGGAUGUAGUUAAAAGAAAACGAGAUGAAACAUUCAAAGUAGUUUGGCGUAUACAACCAGAUCAUAAACGAUUACAAACAAGGCUUGAACAUAUGAGAAAGUUUAGGCAGCAGCAUGAACAAUUGCAAGCAGUUAUAAUGCGAGUUCUUAGACCUACAGCUCAACAAUCUCAAGUGCGCGAAGACCAAGAUCAAGGUCCAGUAUCAUUAUCACCAGCUCCAGAUACAAGUGCUAUAGAGGAAGUGAAUUCAGCUUACGAGAAUAUAAAAGUUGUGGAUUGUCUGGAUAUUAGUCGUGAGGGAGUUGAAGCUUGGGAAGCUGCUGUAGCAAGAUAUGAAGAAAGAAUAGACAGAGUUGAAGCUAGAAUUACUGCUCAUCUUAGAGAUCAAUUAGGAACAGCUCGCAAUGCUAAUGAGAUGUUCCGCAUAUUUUCUCGUUUUAAUGCUCUAUUUGUAAGGCCACAUAUACGUGGAGCUAUACGCGAAUAUCAAACUCAACUUAUUAAUAAAGUUAAAGAAGAUAUUGAAGCUCUUCAUGAUAAGUUUAAAACUCAAUAUCCACAAAGUAAAGCAUACUAUUUGAGCCACCAACAAGACAUACCACCAAUUGCUGGUUCCAUUUUAUGGGCAAAAUUAAUUGAUAGUCAAUUAUCUGCUUAUCUACGAAGAGUUGAAGAUGUUUUAGGCAAAGGAUGGGAAGAUCAUUUAGAAGGUCAAAAAUUAAAAGCUGAUGGCGAUAGUUUCCGACUAAAAUUAAAUACAAAAGACAUUUUUGAUGAUUGGGCUCGAGGAGUUCAACAAAGAAAUAUGGGUGUAUCUGGAAGAAUAUUUACUAUUGAAAGUACAAGAUCUCGUACUGGUCGAGGAAAUGUUUUAAAACUUAGGGUCAACUUUUUACCUGAGAUUAUUACUUUAUCAAAAGAAGUGAGACAUUUAAAAAAUCUUGGAUUCCGUGUACCUUUGGCAAUUGUUAAUAAAGCUCAUCAAGCAAAUCAAUUGUACCCAUUUGCUAUAUCCCUGCGUGAAAGUGUUCGUACUUAUGAAUGUACUUUGGACAAAAUUGAAGAUAAAACUAGUAUUGUGCCAUUAAUAGCUGGGCUACAUAAAGACACUCAAGGACUUAUUGCAGAAGGUGUUCAAAUGGUAUGGGAAAGCUAUAAACUUGAUCAAUAUGUUCAAAAGUAUGCAGAACAGAUACUAGCUUUUCAAGAAAAAGUCGAAGAUCUUUUGGUAGUUGAAGAACAGCUUGACCUGGAUGUUAAAUCUUUAGAAACUUGCGCAUAUUCUGCUAGCACAUUAGCAGAUAUUCUUUCAAAAAUUCAAAGAGCAGUAGACGAUCUGUCGCUAAGACAAUAUUCAAAUUUACAUAUUUGGGUGACACGUCUUGAUCAACAGAUUGAAAAAAGUUUAUCCUCAAGGCUCCAAGCAGGUAUACAAGCUUGGACUGAAGCAUUAGAAGGAAAACAGAAAGAUUUGAGUAUGGAUACUGAUGCACCACCUCAACCAACUAAUAAGCUUGGUGGUGAUCCUCAAAUUAAAGUGCAGAUACUUGAAGUCAGAAUAACCAAUCAAACUAUUUAUUUGUAUCCAAAUCUGUGUGAAGGACGUGUUCAACUCAUGCAACAGUUCUUUGCAUGGCAAGCUGUAGUUACGUCACAAGUUAGAUUACAAAGUUCUAGAUACCAAGUUGGUUUGGAUCAACCAACAUCUCAGACAUAUCAAGAUCUUUUAGCCAAUCUACCAUCUGGGGAGACAUUUUUAACAGCUGCAUUUGAAGCAAUGGAAAGAAAAAUAAAUGAGGCUGAAAAAUACAUGUCAGAGUGGCUAAUUUAUCAAUCCUUAUGGGAUUUACAAGCUGAUAAUCUUUAUAGCCAAAUGGGAGAGGAUAUCAAUACUUGGAUGACCUAUUUAAAUGAUAUUCAAAAAUCUCGUAAAACAUUUGAUACAACUGAAACUCGAAAAGAUCUUGGACCAUUUAUUAUAGAAUAUGGUAAGGUUCAAAGUAAAGUAGCAUUGAAGUAUGAUUCUUGGCAUAAAGAAAUUUUGAAUAAAUUUGGAGGACUGCUUGGUAAUAGUAUGACAGAAUUUCAUGUUCAAGUGGCUAAAUCUCGGAACGAUAUGGAAAAACAAUCAAUUGAAGCUGCAAGUACAUCUGAUGCUGUAUCAUUUAUUACUUAUGUGCAAUUUUUAAAACGCAGUAUGAGAGUAUGGGAGAAACAAGUUGAUCUUUAUAAAAAAGGACAAAAAAUUUUAGAAAGACAACGAUUCCAAUUUCCUAGUAAUUGGCUUGAUCUAGAUAAUGUUGAAGGCGAGUGGAGCGCAUUUAAUGAAAUAAUUAAACGCAAAGACAAAUCUAUUCAAACUCAAGUUCAAAGUCUUCAAAUGAAGAUAAUUGCUGAAAAUAAAGCUGUGGAAACAAGAACAAAUGAUUUCCUUUUGGAAUGGGAACAGGGUAAACCAGUAGCUGGAAACACACAACCUGAUGAUGCUUUAUCCCAGCUUCAAGUAUUUGAGAAUAAAUUUACACGUAUUAAAGAAGAAAGAGAUAAUGUCGCCAAAGCUAAAGAAGCCUUAGAACUUAAAGAUCCAGCUGGUAGUGCAUUAUCAAGUGCCGAAGAUCGUAUGAUAGUAGUUUUUGAAGAAAUGCAAGAUCUUAAGGGUGUUUGGUCUGAACUUUCAAAAAUAUGGAUACAGAUUGAUGAAAUCCGUGAAAAACCUUGGCUUUCAGUUCAGCCAAGAAAACUCCGUCAACAAUUGGAUGGUUUAACUAAUCAAUUAAAAGAAUUGCCUGCUCGUUUCAGACAAUAUUCUUCAUAUGAAUAUGUUAAGAAGCUUUUGCAGAGUUAUGUUAAGGUUAACAUGACUGUGAUAGAAUUAAAAUCGGAUGCAUUAAAAGAUCGUCAUUGGAAACAGUUAAUGCGUAAACUUAGAGUGACCUGGACAUUUUCUGAUAUAACAUUGGGACAAAUUUGGGAUGUAGAUUUACAAGCAAACGAAGCAGUUGUUAAGGAUAUUAUUAUGACUGCACAAGGAGAAAUGGCCCUAGAAGAAUUUUUAAAACAAGUCCGAGAUACUUGGCAGUCAUAUUCUUUAGACUUAAUUAAUUAUCAAAAUAAGUGUCGUCUAAUAAGAGGCUGGGAUGAACUCUUCAAUACAGUUAAAGAACAUAUCAAUUCUGUAGCAGCAAUGAAAUUAUCACCUUAUUACAAAGUUUUUGAAGAAGAAGCUUUAACAUGGGAAGAAAAACUAAAUCGAAUUAAUACCUUGUUCGAUGUUUGGAUUGAUGUUCAAAGACGUUGGGUUUAUUUGGAAGGUAUUUUCUCAGGCAGUGCUGAUAUUAAAACUUUGCUACCAGUUGAAACUUCAAGAUUCCACAAUAUUAGUUCUGACUUUUUGGGCCUGAUGAAAAAAGUUUCUAAAUCUCGAAUGGUAAUUGAUGUUCUUAAUAUUCAAGGAGUACAACGAUCUCUUGAAAGAUUAGCAGAUUUAUUAGGGAAAAUACAAAAGGCUCUUGGAGAAUAUUUGGAAAGAGAAAGAAUGUCUUUCCCACGAUUUUAUUUUGUCGGCGAUGAAGAUCUUUUAGAAAUUAUUGGAAACAGCAAAAAUAUUUCAAGAUUACAGAAACAUUUUAAGAAAAUGUUUGCUGGUGUUGCUGCUAUAAUAUUGGAUGAAACAUCCACAAACAUUCUUGGUGUAGCAUCUCGUGAAGGCGAAGAAGUUAUAUUUACUAACCCUAUAUCUACAACUGACCAUCCCAAAAUCAAUGAAUGGCUUACAUUGGUGGAGAAAGAAAUGCGAUUUACAUUGGCGUCACGUCUAAGUGAAGCAGUUACUAAUAGCAAGCAAUUUAAACAAGAAACUAUUGACCACGAUGCUUUUAUGACAUGGUGUGAUAACUAUCAAGCACAAAUUGUUGUGCUAUCUGCUCAAAUAUUGUGGAGUGAAGACAUAGAAUCAGCUUUGCACCAAAUUCAAGUGCAGUGUGAAAAUGAAAAUGAUUCUACGCCCAAAUUAACUCCUUUAGAAAAUGUAUUAGCCCAAGUUGAAACAUCCUUAAACUUUUUAGCAGAUUCUGUUUUGCAAGAGCAGCCACCAUUAAGGCGAAAGAAACUUGAAUAUUUAAUUAACGAAUAUGUUCAUAAACGAAUGAUCACGAGAAGACUGAUUUCUAGAAAAGUAUCAAGCCCUCGAUCUUUUGAAUGGCUUUGUGAAAUGCGUUUCUAUUUAGACACUAAUCAAACUGACGUCUUGAAACAACUUACCAUACAAAUGGCUAAUGCUAAUUUCUAUUAUGGCUUUGAAUACCUUGGUGUGCAAGACCGAUUAGUUCAAACUCCAUUAACUGAUCGCUGUUACUUGACUAUGACACAAGCUCUAGAAGCUAGAUUAGGAGGAUCUCCAUUUGGUCCUGCUGGUACUGGUAAGACCGAGUCUGUCAAAGCUCUUGGUCAUCAGUUAGGACGUUUUGUCUUGGUAUUCAACUGCGAUGAAACUUUUGAUUUCCAAGCUAUGGGGCGGAUAUUUGUUGGUCUUUGUCAAGUGGGAGCAUGGGGAUGUUUUGAUGAAUUUAAUAGAUUAGAGGAAAGGAUGUUAUCAGCAGUCUCUCAACAGAUACAAACUAUUCAAGAAGCACUGAAAUCCCAAAUGGAUUCUAAGAAAACUAAUAUCACCGUAGAACUAGUUGGAAAACAAGUAAGAGUAUCUACGGAUAUGGCAAUAUUUAUUACUAUGAAUCCUGGUUAUGCUGGUCGUUCAAAUCUUCCAGACAAUCUUAAAAAGUUAUUCCGGUCAUUAGCCAUGACUAAACCUGAUAGGCAACUUAUAGCUGAAGUUAUGUUGUUUUCUCAAGGUUUCCGUACAGCAGAGAAACUUGCAUGCAAAAUUGUACCAUUUUUCAAAUUAUGUGAUGAACAACUUUCUAAUCAAUCUCACUAUGAUUUUGGACUGCGAGCAUUAAAGUCUGUUUUAGUAUCUGCUGGAAAUGUUAAAAGAGAUCGUAUUCAACAUAUUAAAGGUAUUAGUGCAACAACCGAAAGACACAGUUUGAAUGAAGCUGAAAUUGCAGAAAAUCUACCAGAGCAAGAAAUAUUGAUUCAAUCUGUGUGUGAAACAAUGGUACCUAAACUAGUCGCAGAAGAUAUUCCGCUUUUAUUUUCUUUGUUAAAUGAUGUGUUCCCUCAAGUUCAAUAUAAACGGGCUCAAAUGACAGAACUGAAAGAACAAAUUAGAAGAGUAUGCCAAGAAGAAUACUAUGUUUGUGGAGAAGAUGACGAGCUUGGUGGUCCUUGGAUGGAAAAGGUGCUACAACUUUAUCAAAUUUGUGAACUAAAUCACGGCUUAAUGAUGGUUGGUCCAAGUGGAUCAGGUAAAUCUAGUGCUUGGAAAGUAUUAUUAAAAGCUCUUGAAAGAAUUGAUGGAAUGGAAGGACAAGCUCAUGUAAUUGAUCCAAAGGCCAUAUCUAAAGAAGCUUUGUAUGGUGCUUUAGACCCAAAUACUAGGGAAUGGACUGAUGGCUUAUUUACUCAUAUAUUAAGAAAAAUUGUUGAUAAUGUUCGUGGUGAAAUUAACAAAAGACAAUGGAUCAUUUUUGAUGGUGAUGUUGAUCCUGAAUGGGUUGAAAAUUUAAAUUCUGUUUUGGAUGAUAACAAGUUAUUAACAUUACCAAAUGGAGAACGUUUAUCACUUCCACCCAAUGUUCGAAUUAUGUUUGAGGUACAAGAUUUAAAAUAUGCCACUCUUGCUACUGUAUCUCGUUGUGGUAUGAUAUGGUUUAGUGAGGAUGUUUUAACUACUGAAAUGAUAUUUGAAAAUUAUUUAAGUCGUUUAAAAAGCAUACCUAUUGAUGAAGGAGAUGAAGAUUCAAUAUCUCUUAUUCCUCAACCAGUUUCUGCAACAUCAGGAUCUAAUGUUGAACAAUUUACGUCCCCAACUUUACAGCUUCAGUUGGAUAUUGUGACUAUGUUACAACCUCAUUUGUCAUCAGAUGGCUUAGUUGUUAGAUGCUUAGAAUAUGCUAUAAAACAAGAACAUAUUAUGGACUUUACCCGAUUAAGAGCUCUUGGAUCAUUGUUUUCUAUGAUCAAUCAAAGUAUUAGGAAUGUUCUUCAAUAUAAUAGGACUCAUUCAGAUUUUCCACUUCCACAUGACCAAUUAGAACAGUAUAUUCCAAAAUGCUUAGUUUAUGCUUUAUUAUGGAGUUUUGCUGGUGAUGCAAAAUUGAAAGUGCGUUCUGACAUUGGUGAAUUCAUUAGAUCUGUAACAACUGUAGCUUUACCGCCAAUGACUGAAAACAUUAUUGAUUAUGAAGUCAAUGUCCAUGGAGAUUGGGUUCCUUGGUCUAAUAGAGUUCCACAAGUAGAAGUCGAAACACAUAAAGUUGCAUCACCUGAUGUUGUUGUUCCUACAUUAGAUACUGUAAGACAUGAAACAUUGUUAUACACAUGGCUUGCAGAACAUAAACCCUUGGUUUUAUGUGGUCCUCCUGGUUCUGGAAAAACAAUGACAUUAUUUUCGGCAUUAAGAGCUCUUCCUGAUAUGGAAGUUGUUGGCUUGAACUUUUCAUCAGCAACCACCCCAGAACUUUUAUUAAAAACGUUUGAUCAUUACUGUGAAUACCGAAAAACACCUAAUGGAAUUUUUCUUUCUCCUAUUCAACUUGGUAAAUGGUUGGUAUUAUUCUGUGAUGAAAUCAAUUUACCCGAUAUGGAUAACUAUGGUACUCAAAGAGUAAUAUCAUUCUUGCGACAAUUAGUGGAACGAAGAGGUUUUUACAAACCAACUGGAGAUCAAGCUUGGGUAUCGUUGGAAAGAAUACAAUUUGUUGGAGCAUGUAAUCCACCGACAGAUCCUGGUAGAAAACCUUUAUCACAUAGAUUCUUACGCCAUGUCCCAGUAAUAUAUGUUGACUACCCUGGUGAAACCUCUUUGAAACAGAUUUAUGGAACCUUCAGCAGAGCAAUGUUGCGAUUAAUUCCUACCCUUCGUGGUUAUGCAGAGCCCUUGACAAAUGCAAUGGUAGAAUUUUAUUUAGCAUCUCAAGAUCGGUUUACUCAAGACAUGCAACCUCAUUAUGUAUAUUCUCCUAGAGAGAUGACACGUUGGGUUAGAGGAAUUUGUGAGGCAAUCAGACCUUUAGAAACAUUAAGUGUUGAUGGUUUAGUACGUCUGUGGGCACAUGAAGCAUUACGCCUCUUCCAAGAUCGUCUUGUAGAUGAUGUUGAACGUCAAUGGACAAACGAAAAUAUUGAUAUAGUUGCCAUGAAACAUUUUCCUGGAAUUAAUAAAGAAGAAGCUCUUCAAAGACCAAUACUUUAUAGUAAUUGGUUACAUAAAGAUUAUGUACCUGUUGAAAGAAAACAAUUACGAGAUUAUGUUGCUGCAAGACUAAAGGUCUUCUACGAAGAAGAAUUAGAUGUAAAAAUUGUACUUUUUGAUGAAGUAUUGGAUCAUGUAUUACGGAUAGACAGGAUAUUUAGACAACCUCAAGGUCAUUUGUUGUUAAUUGGUGUUUCUGGAGCUGGCAAGACUACACUCUCACGAUUUGUUGCAUUUAUGAAUGGUCUUUCUGUAUUCCAAAUCAGAGUACAUAACAAAUACACAAGCGAAGACUUUGAUGAAGAUCUGAGAGCAGUGUUGAGAAGAUCUGGAUGUAAAAAUGAGAAAAUAACAUUCAUACUGGAUGAAUCAAAUGUAUUGGAAUCGGGUUUCCUUGAACGUAUGAACACUUUGUUGGCUAAUGGAGAAGUUCCUGGUUUAUUUGAAGGAGACGAAUAUACUACUUUAAUGACCCAAUGUAAAGAAGGAAGUCAAAGAGAAGGUCUUAUGUUAGAUUCAAAUGAAGAACUUUAUAAAUGGUUCACUGGUCAAGUAAUGAGGAAUUUGCAUGUUGUUUUCACUAUGAAUCCUAGUUCAGAAGGAUUAAAAGACAGAGCAGCUACCUCUCCUGCUCUUUUUAACAGAUGUGUCCUUAAUUGGUUUGGAGACUGGUCAGAUACAGCAUUAUUCCAAGUUGGUCAAGAAUUCACUCGAUCUGUUGACUUGGAUGGACCACCAAUGUGGAAAGCUCCUGAUUUCUUCCCAUCUGCUUGCUCUCUAGUUCCUAGUAUUCCAGAUUAUCGUACUGCAGUUGUGAAUGCUUUUGUUUAUGUACACCAAACAUUACAUAAAGCAAACAGCCGAUUGGUGAAAAGAGGCUCAAGAACAAUGGCAAUUACCCCUAGACAUUAUUUGGAUUUUAUUAAUCAUUUUGUAAAAUUACAUAAAGAAAAGAGAGCUGAACUUGAAGAACAACAACUCCAUUUGAAUGUUGGUCUAUCAAAAAUAGCUGAAACAGUUGAGCAGGUGGAAGAGAUGCAAAAAUCAUUAGCAGUCAAAUCAAUAGAAUUAAACACCAAAAACGAGGCAGCUAAUGCCAAAUUACAGCAAAUGUUUAAAGAACAGCAUGAAGCUGAAAAGCGUAAAGUACAAUCACAAGAAAUACAAGCACAAAUCAAGAAACAACAAGUAUUAAUUUCAGAAAAACGAAAAGAUGUUAUGGCUGAUCUUGCACAUGUUGAACCUGCGGUCAUGGAUGCUCAACAAGCUGUAAAGGAAAUCAAGAAACAACAAUUAGUUGAGGUACGAUCAAUGGCUAAUCCACCUGCAGUUGUUAAGUUGGCAUUAGAAUCCAUUUGUUUGUUGCUUGGCGAAAAUGCAUCUGAUUGGAAAGCUAUCAGAGCAGUUGUCAUGCGAGAGAAUUUCAUUAAUUCAAUCGUUAACAACUUUAGUACAGAAAAUAUUUCUGAUGAUGUUCGCGAAAAAAUGCAUAGUAGGUAUUUGAAUAACCCGGAUUACACAUUUGAAAAAGUUAAUCGUGCUAGUAUGGCUUGUGGUCCUAUGGUUAAAUGGGCUAUAGCUCAGGUUAGUUAUGCGGAUGUACUAAAAAAAGUGGAACCAUUAAGAGAUGAAUUAAAAUCUCUCGAAAAUCAAGCAUCAGAAAACAAAGUCAAAAAUGAAGAAACUACAUCGCUUAUUGCUCAGUUAGAACAAACAAUCACUGAAUAUCAAGAAGAGUAUGCACAACUAAUUUCACAAGCUCAAGCAAUUAAAUCAGACUUAGAAAAUGUCCAGAGCAAAGUUGAUCGAUCAAUUGCUCUUUUAAAAUCUUUGGUGAUCGAAAGAGAAAGAUGGGAGAGCACAAGGGAUACGUUCAGAUCUCAGAUGGCUACAAUUAUUGGAGAUGUUCUUCUAUCAUCAGCCUAUUUAGCAUAUGCUGGUUACUUUGAUCAACAUUAUCGUCAAAAUCUAUUUACAACCUGGUGUCAGCAUUUAUACUUAGCUGGUAUUCAGUAUAGAUCUGAUAUAGCAUUGACUGAAUAUUUGUCAAAUCCUGAUGAAAGACUUCGUUGGCACGCUAAUUCAUUACCUACAGAUGACUUAUGUACCGAAAAUGCUAUUAUGUUGAAGAGAUACAAUAGAUAUCCAUUAAUAAUUGAUCCAUCGGGACAAGCAACUGAGUUUAUUCUCAAAGAGUAUGCAGAUGCUAAGAUCACAAAAACAAGUUUCUUGGAUGAUUCCUUUAGAAAAAAUCUCGAAUCUGCAUUACGUUUUGGAAAUCCAUUGCUUGUUCAAGAUGUUGAAAACUAUGAUCCAAUUUUGAAUCCUGUAUUAAAUCGAGAACUUCGUCGUACCGGAGGUCGUGUUUUAAUAACACUUGGAGACCAAGAUAUAGAUUUAUCACCAAAAUUUGUGAUAUUCUUGUCUACUCGUGAUCCAACUGUUGAAUUUUCACCAGACAUAUGUUCUAGAGUAAUGUUUGUCAACUUUACAGUAACUAGAUCAUCAUUACAAAGUCAAUGCUUAGAUCGUGUAUUGAAAGCUGAAAGGCCUGAUAUUGACACAAAACGAUCUGACUUACUCAAACUUCAAGGUGAAUUCCACUUGCGUUUGAGACAGUUGGAAAAAUCACUGUUACAAGCAUUAAAUGAAGCUAAAGGUAAAAUAUUGGACAAUGAUUCUGUAAUAACAACAUUAGAAAGACUUAAACAAGAAGCAGCAGAUAUCAGCAAAAAGGUGGAAGAAACAGACAAAGUUAUUGCUGAAAUAGAAACAGUUUCGCAACAAUAUAAACCUUUAGCACAAGCUUGUAGUAACAUGUAUUUCACUAUGGACAGUUUAAAUCAAGUCCAUUUCCUCUAUCAGUAUUCAUUAAAAUUCUUUUUGGAUAUCUUCAGUUCAGUUUUAUUGUCUAAUCCGAGAUUGGCUUCUGUCACUGAUCACACAUCUCGAUUAGAUAUUGUCACUAAGGAUUUAUUCACUGUAUGUUAUGAAAGGGUAGCCAGAGGAAUGUUACAUAAUGAUAGGUUGACAUUAGCAAUAUUGUUGUGUCGAAUUAGUUUAAAGGGAUCGCCAAUUGGUAAUAUAUUGGACUCUGAGUUCCAAUUCUUCCUUCGAGGUAAAGAAGGAGUUUUGAGUUCCAAUAACUCAUCAGGACAGGGUUCUCUUAGUAGUCUGAACCAAGAACAAAUUGAAGCCAUGAUUAGGUUAUCACAUAGAAUUUCAUCAUUUAAAAAUUUAUCAGAACGGGUAGAGGAAAUGCCAGAGUUUGGCCCAUGGCUUGCACAAAAUACACCUGAACAAUGUGUUCCUAAAUUAUGGGACGAAUCAACUCCGUUUAGUCCUGUGGCUACUGCCAUGUAUCAACUUCUUGCUAUUCAAGCAUUCCGACCAGAUAGAGUGAUAGCAUCAGCUAAUCUAUUUGUCGAAGCAACUUUAGGUACUCAAUUAACCUCUUCAGCAGAGCGUGAACCUGACUUGGCUACUAUUGUCCUAAAUGAAUUGGACUGUAGUGUUCCAGCACUUUUGUGCUCGGCCCCUGGGUAUGAUGCUUCUGGGCGUGUUGAUGACCUUGCCACUCAACAUAACCAACUGUUGUCAUCUGUAGCAAUUGGUUCUGCUGAAGGUUUCCGCCAAGCUACCGAAGCUAUAAAUUCCGCAGUUCGUCUUGGACGAUGGGUCUUGUUGAAAAAUGUUCAUCUGGCUCCUCAAUGGUUAGUACAGCUUGAAAAGAAACUACACAGUCUUCAACCACAUACUAACUUCAGACUAUUUUUAACUAUGGAAAUAAAUUCUGCCGUACCCGUCAAUUUAUUGAGAGCAGGACGCAUAUUUGUAUUUGAGCCUCCACCUGGCGUAAAAGCCAAUUUGUUACGAACAUUCAAUACUAUUCCGGCAUCUCGCAUGAUGAAAGUACCUAAUGAAAGAGCCAGAUUAUACUUUUUACUUGCAUGGUUCCAUGCUAUUGUACAAGAGCGUCUACGUUAUACUCCACUUGGUUGGGCCAAACAUUAUGAAUUCAAUGAAUCUGAUCUAAGAGUUGCUUGUGACACCUUGGAUACAUGGAUUGAAACAACAGCCAAAAGCCGUACAAAUUUACCUCCUGAGAAAAUUCCAUGGGACGCACUAGUUACUUUAUUGUCACAAUGUAUUUAUGGUGGUAAAAUUGACAAUGACUAUGAUCAAAGGCUAUUGACAUCAUUCUUAAGCAAGUUGUUCACAGCACGUAGUUUUGAAACAGGAUUUGCAUUAGUAGCUAAUGUAGAUGGUGUUGGAGGAGAUAAUAGGCAUAUUACAAUGCCCAAUGGAUCAAGACGAGAUCACUUUUUACAUUGGAUUGAAAAUUUGUCAGAUAGACAAUCACCAUCCUGGUUAGGAUUACCAAACAAUGCUGAAAAAGUACUACUGACAACUAGAGGUACCGAUUUGGUAAGCAAAUUAUUGAAGAUGCAACAACUCGAGGAUGAAGAUGAACUUGCUUAUGUUACUGAACAAGCUGUUAAAGAUGGAGGACCUGAUUCUAGUAUUGGACUUCCAACAUCCGAUGGUCGUCCAGCUUGGAUGAGAACAUUGCAUAACUCAGCAACUACCUGGCUGCAACUUUUACCUCAAUCACUUCAGACAUUAAAACGUACUGUAGAGAACAUUAAGGAUCCUCUUUAUCGAUAUUUCGAACGAGAAGUCAACUUCGGUUCUAAGUUAUUACAGGAAGUUAUUCAUGAUUUAAAUGAAGUAGUAGCUAUAUGCCAAGGUGAAAAGAAACAAACCAACUAUCAUAGAAGCUUAUUCAGUGAUUUGGUCAAAGGAAAAUUGCCAGUUGGUUGGCGUCGAUACACAGUGCCCAGUGGAUGUACAGUAAUCCAAUGGGUGUCUGACUUUAGCCAACGUGUCAAGCAACUACAGCAAGUAUCACAGCUUGUUUCUCAACGAGGUGCCAAUCAAAUCAAAUCAUUCCCAGUGUGGCUUGGGGGUUUAUUAAAUCCAGAAGCUUAUAUAACAGCUACCAGACAGUGUAUUGCACAAGCUAACUCUUGGUCCUUAGAAGAAUUAAUACUAGAUGUGACUAUUACUGAUGCAUUAGAGUAUGAUUCAGUUCAACAGGACGAAUGUAGCUUUGGUGUUAUUGGUUUAAAACUACAGGGUGCACAAUGUCGUAAUAAUCAGUUGUUGUUAACUUCAUCCAUAAUGACUGAUUUACCAGUGACAUUGUUACGAUGGACACAUGUAUCGGCAGAAGAACACUUAAGACCUGAUAAACUGUCUCUACCAGUAUAUUUAAAUUCUACUAGAGCUGAAUUAUUAUUCACUGUAGAACUAGAUGUAGCUCCCGGACAAGAUCAUCACACAUUUUAUGAAAGAGGAGUUGCAUUAUUAACAUCUGCUGCUUUAAAUUAG